GAUGCGUUCGUGGGCGACCUGGUCGAAGUCGUGCGCAACGCCGUGACCCGUGGGUCAGGAGUUGCGGCGCGGUCUGCGGACGCAGUAGUGCGUGCGGACGGCCAGGUGCUGUGUGGCGCGCUGCUGCUGGGGGCGAUCGCCGCCGCGGGCCCCUCGGCGCUGCAACGAACACACGCCGCAGUGCUGCGCCCGCUGCAGUCCGUCCUGCAUGAAUCCCUGACGGCGGGCGAAGUGUACGACAAGCACGAUCAGACGCUGUACGGCAUCACGGUGCUGGCGGCGGUAGUUGACGCCGUGGCGAAGGAACUAGCGGCCGCCGGCGGCGGCGGCGGUGAAUGGGUAGCUGCAGCCGCCGCCGUCGCAUCCGCUGGCGACACUGGCGGCGUUAACAGCCUUCUGGAGAUUAGAGAAGCGCUGGUGGGGGCGCUCGUUGCCGUACACCGUCGGCUACAUUCCGACGAUGCAACGGCCAACGACCGCAACGGUGGCAACGGCGGCGAUGACGUAAGCAUGAUUGCCGCGAAAGCGGAGGCGCUGCCGCCUCCGCCGUCGCAGCCACAAGCAGCAUCUGGCUGCUGCUACAACGCAUCGGCGGCAUCGCAGCUGCGGCUGGCGGUUGCCAACGCCUGGAGGGCGUUAGCACGGCUUCACGCGGCGAUUGCGGUUGCCGUACCCAACAGUUCUGCACGGCAGCAGCCCCGGCAUCUCACCCUGUCUGAGGCCCAGCAGGCGGCGGCCGCUGAGCAGCUCUGCGCAUGUGCGCUGCAAACAGCUGAGGCUGCUACAGCGGCUGGGCCGAGUGGAGCCGGGGGAGCGCCUGCCACCGCUGUGAAGAGUCGCAUGUCUUGGGGACGUCAGGUGGACCUGCAGCAAGAGGCUGCGGGCGUUCUGCAGCUGCUGCUGCAGCUGGCGGCGCCGUUGCCGGCGACGGCGGCAGCGGCGGCAGCCGAGACUGCCGCACCCAGCAGCAGCAGCAGCAGCUGCGGCGGCGCCGGUGACGGCGAAUCCCCGAC